UGGAAUAGUAUAUAAACGCUACUGGAAGUAGUAGCGCGUUUAUUUCUGUGAUUUUGUUGCUAAAGUGAUUGUUUAACAUUAACAUGGUUUGGAAAAUGACGGUGAUGGCAGUAUUCGCCUUCGCAACGAUAUCAAGCGCUAUACCAUUAACAACAUUCGGAAAAUCUUCAUCAAGAGACGACUACGAACCUGUCCAAAAACCAACUCAACAGCAAGAGGAAACAGAUUCUUAUCAAUUAUAUCAAACACAAUUACCAACUGCACUUGAAUUACCGAAACAAGACGCGAAACAAACACAAUUCUACGUUCCGGAACCAGUGAAUGUUCUUAAGGCACCUCAAGAAUCCCAAGAACCAAACUAUUACCAGGUUCCUAUUCCCAGUGAAGAAUUAGUUGCACCAAUAGAUACGGAAUGGAAUCCUAAUGGCGAUCCGAUGUACUAUUAUCAAGUACCAGCUGUCAUUUCUAGACAAGAAUUGCCUACAAAAGAAUUUCCCAAGAAAUAUAACGAAGAUAUUCAUGACAAGAAAAAGCCCUAUUCAUCGAAACCUAAGCUAGAAGUUAUUUUUGAACCAAUUAGUGCGAAAGAAUACGAAGAUAAACAGAUACAGUUAACCAAAAAUUUUGAUCAAUUAGCUAAAAAGGAAAAUCAAAAGUUAAUAAAGGUAGUGCCUUAUCCUAAAAUAAUUGCGCCUAGAACAAAAAUGCAAACUACAGACAGUACACCAAAAUAUACUGACAGCAUAAUCAAACCUGCUUUAAUCGUACCUCACCACACAUACCAAAGUACACCCACAACUACAACAACGAGCAGUGUUAAUGAACCUUCAGAUAGUAUCACAAUACCCAGUGAUCAUGUUGAAAGAUCUACUGCAGAAUUUAAUACUGGGCUUAGCGGACAACUCAUAAAUUCCUUGGGUAUUCCUUCAUCAGCCUCUACGCAUGAAGGGGCUUCUCCUGGUGAAAGGCUUGAAUUUCAUAUAUCAGGUCAUGAUGGCCCUCUUUCUUACAAAUGGGGAUAUGACACUGGAAAAGGACACAACAGGCUAUUUAGAUACGAAGAAAAAGACAAAGAAGGCAUUGUGAGAGGACAUUACGGCUUUUAUGAUGAAGAAGGGAAGCUUCAAGUUGUCCAUUACGAUGCCCAUCCACAUACAGGUUUUCAUGUUGCCGACAAAAUAUAAGAAGUAUAUAUUAUAUUUAAAAUGAAAAUUGUGAAAUAUAUUCGAGGCGUUAUAGUUAGUUGACUGAAAACUACAAAUUCACCAAACGAAAACCAUCAAUUGAGGAAUUGCUUGGUACUUUUGCAAACAUAAAUUGAUUAACCAUCAUCAAUUUUUAAAAACCUAAAUUGUAUAUAUUCUUCUUAGAUUAUGUAGGCAGCUUCAAUAUAUAUUAUCAUCUAGCAUAGGUACUAGUUACAAAAUGUUGUUAAUAAUGUUUUAAUACUUAACCUUAUAUUGGUUAUACUAAUUAAUGUUUUUCUUCGUAAGGAUUUGUUCAUAUAGUGGACAAAAAAAUAGACUCGUAAGCUAUUGAAAUUUAUAAUUGUAUUUGAAUAUACUUUAUGUAUAUUAGACUGGUAAAGGCGCGCCGAGCAGUCAACUAGAACAGCGGUCCAUCAUCCCACAGAUACCCCACAGCUUCCUCAAGGAACAUGCAGCUAAAUCUAAAUAAAAUCCAGAUAGGAUAUCACUUAGACCGAAAGCUGACUUGGCAGAAACACAUAUUGACUAAGCGAGUGUUACUCUAUAAAAGCAUCCCAGUAAUUCCAACAUAGAGAUUUCAGAACACUCUUGACCACUUUUUUCAUUUUAAACCACCUACAAAAAAAUAUAUAAAAUAUGAGGUUAGGAAUUUGUUUACUGUGGAAUUAUCUCCACUUAGUAUCGAGAGGCGUAAGGUAGGAAUUUGUAUUCAAAUACAUGAAAACUUAUUUACUUACUUAUUAUAUUUUAUUGUGAUUUAUCAUUAUUUUGUUAAGUAGUAUGUCAAUAAAAUUAAAAUGUAUGUCAGUAA